AUGCAUCCCAGUUCAACGACCACGACGCCUUUUUCUGUGAAGGAUAUUUUGAAGCUGGAGCACCACCAUGACUUUGAAAACGAAUGCCUGAUGACUGAUCAAGUUGUUCCGAUGAAUUAUGAGCACGUGCACGGUGCCUCCCGGACCAGGGACGCUUGGGGCUGCCAGCCUGAGCCGUGCGUCUCUGGGACGCAGGAGAAGCUCGACAUUCACAUCUCAGCAGCAGCAGAAGAGGAGAUCAAUGAGCAGGAGAUACGCGGUCUUGACAGUUCACCUGACUGUGACAAAAACCCUAAAAGCAGACCCAGGCUGCGCAGGAAGCCCCGAGUCCUCUUCUCCCAUUCCCAAGUGUCCGAGCUGGAGAGGCGCUUCAGGCAGCAGCGCUACCUGUCCGCCCCGGAGAGAGAGCACCUGGCCCACAUGCUCAAACUCUCCUCUACACAGGUCAAAAUAUGGUUUCAGAACAGGAGGUACAAAUGCAAGCGCCAACGGCAGGACAAGUCUCUGGAGCUGGCGGGGUAUCCACCUGCUGCGAGGAGGGUGGCGGUGCCGGUGUUGGUGCGGGACGGGAAGCUCUGCAGCGCAGGUUCCCAUUCAGCAGCACCUUAUAAUGUGACUCUCGGACAUUACAAUCCCGUGUUUGGAUAUGGAACCAGCAGCGUGUACGGCUGCGGUUAUCACAGUGCGUCACCUUCAGCAGCGCAGGUGACUAAUAACCAGCUGGUAGAUUUAACAGGUAACAGCGAGGGGCCUUUCAACCACGGACACUUCCAGGCGUCAUUACAGGGUGUAAGAGGCUGGUGA